CCCCUCAUCACCGUCACCUCUUGUCUCGACCCUUGUACCCAUGUACGGUCGUCCGCCGCCGCAACAAUGGCAGGCGAACCCCAACAACCCCAAUUUGGCGCCUGUAGGGCCUAGAGGCGGCAUCGGCUCUGGCCCACCACCUGUCAAUGGUCUCCCUCCAGGACCACCUCCCCCAGGCGUCGGCCCAGCCGUUGCCUCUGGCCCCAAUGCCAGCCCAAACGCAUCUACAACAGUCUUUGUAGGCUCCAUCACCGCCGGUAUAUCGGAUAACAUGCUCACCCAGCUGCUCAAUACAUGCGGUUCCCUUCUCACUCUCAAACGCAUCUCCCCCGCCUUCGGCUUCGCAACCUUCGACCAUCCCGAAGCGGUCAUGCGGGCCAUCGACCUUCUCAAUGGGCUCGAGCUACCCGUACCUGGUGGAAGUGAGGGAGUGGCCGCAAAGAAGCUGCUGGUCAAGGCAGACGAGAAGACGAAGGCUUUUGUGGAGCAGUACAAGGUCGAGAGAGGCGAGGGCCGGGAGGAACAUGAGGAGCAGCGCGAUGGUGCGGGUAAAGACGGCAUUGCCUCUUUCAUCGCCACCUUACAGCGACCCGACGUCCUCACGCUCUUUCCCGACGCUGCUGGUGCAUCAUCCUCAUCUCGACCCGGCGGAGGCAGCGGGGUGGCCGCCCACCUGAAGGACCUUCCGCCCGAGGACCUGCCAGAGGAGCACCGCAAUAGCGUUUUGAGCGAGAUCGACAAGUUCAGACAGGCGAGCGCUGCGAGGGAGGACGAAAAGAGGAGGAGAGAGAGGGUACUGGAGAGGGAAAGGAUGGGAGCGCCUACAGGACCGCGCGACACCAGCUCCCCGAUGGGCUCCAGCGGUCUUGGUGGGAGUGGGGGUACGAGGGACCCCCAAUCAUUCAAUCAUGGAGCGCCAGGAUUUGUUCGCUCAUCGACCGACAUCAAUGGAGCAGCAGCGGAACAGCGACGUCGCGAGGACAUGGACCCAGAGGAGGCAGACGAGGCGGAGGAGCAACGUCGUCUCUCUUCGAAGCACGCAGAGGAGGCUCGCCGAGCAGAGGAGGCUUUGGCCAAGCAUGCCCAGCAGGAGCGAGCGCGACUCGAUCACUGGACUCGAAUCAUUGAUGAUGGCAAACGCGAGGCUGAGCGAAGGGCAAGCAGAGCAGAGCAUAUGGCGCAGCGGCUGCGCUGCGAUCCCCCUGCGUCGGACGGCGCAGGAUCUUCAGGGUGGGACGAUGAGCACGAGCGCCAGCGCGAUCCCUUCUAUAUCGACCGCAGGCGAUGGAGGCACGCUCGCUCUGUUGCCUUACGCAGGGAGCAGGAGGACGACCUAGCUGAUGAGCGACGCGAGGCUGUAGAGCUUGAGCGUGCCAGGCAGGAGGAGGAGAGGGCUCGGAUCAGGAGAGAGGAGGAGGAAAAGAAGCUGAGAGAGGAGCAGCGUAAGGCUGGAGUGCUCCUUGGGGCUGAAGGAGAGCAUAAGCCGUUGAAAUUGAAGAACGCGACAGGGGUCAGCGGUGCGGCGGGGCCUUCGUCAAGCACGACAACAGGGGCCACAGGUGGCAGUACGGCAGCAACAGGCGCUCCAGUCUUCUCCUCCGCCCUUGGCGAGGACGAUGAAGAAGGUGCUGAGGGAUCAUCACGCGCUCGCAAGAAUAUGGCUCACCUGCUUGACGACUUGCCGCCUACCAACGGCGCCUCGGCUCAGGACGACGCAUCGACUAAAGAGCGUCGCCUCGCGAUCCGCGCAUCGCUGGACGAGGUGGAUCGACUGGACCUCUUCUCAUCACGCGGCCCUUCAUCAGACACAAAGAUCCUCUGGUCUUACCUCUCCCUCCCCUCCCUCUCCGCCUUCGUCGGCAAGCUGGUAAGGGAGACGGUGGGCGAGGCGGUGCCGGAGUUGGAGGAGGUCGUCAUUGAGCGACUCACGCAAUUCCAGCAAAAGAAGGCGGGUGCUGGAGAGGGAGAUGCGCGGGACGGUGCUCAGCUGGCCAGAGAUAUUGGGGAGGCUGUGGAGCCCGUUCUGGCAGAUGAGGCUGGAGCCUUUACGGAGAGGCUGUGGAGAUGGUUGGUUGAGGAGACGCAGAUUGCGGGCGGGCAGAGAAGGUAAGAUGGAGCGAACUUGGUAUUGGAGACAGAAUACAACAUAAUCACCAGAUGCACACGGCUCAGCUUAGCCUAAGAUACG